CAAGUGUGCAAGUGCGCGGACGCGUUUUUGUUUCGCCGAUAGUGCACCGAGUCGUUUAAGCAGUAAGCACAGCCUGCAAAAAAAGAAAUUGUAUCAAACGCUUCUCGGCAAGUAGAGUCACUCACUCUGCAUCAUACUUCUGCCGCUCGAGUCCAGGCGGCCGGAGUUUUGGUGUUUUUAUUUCGGCGGCCCAAGCGUCGCCCGUGGGUUUGGGUCGGAGAGGGGCAGAGAUAUACCAUCUCUCGCUCAGUGAGUAAGUCAGUCACUCACUGUCCUUUUCUGGCGAAUCUCUCUUUUUUGUUGCUUCCACUUUCACUGCACUUUGCAUUUUUGCAAUCUCGUCACACUCUGUCAGCUGUCAGACGAUCAGCUCGUGGCAGUGUUGGUCAGCGAUUGCGGAUUGCAACCGGUGGAGCCAAGUCAAACAGCUGAGUGGUGAGCACAGCAAAGAGACAAACCACUGCAUAUAUGACCCAUAGCAGUGACACGAACCAAAAGGAGUAAAGAAACGCGGCAUACUUUCAGGAGCUACAGAAAGUGCUGCAUAGCCGAAGGUUCAUACUUAAUUUUAGCGCCUGCCAUAGCAGAAUCGUGAGCUAAAGGUCGUGGAACUGACCAAUUACCAACCUCUGCCGUGUAACGGCGCUCAAAAAACAGAGGCCCUGGUGACCGAGUCGGGGCGGUAUAACCUCCUCCGACUAAAGUCGUAGGAAAUUCUCGGCCAACGUUGGACUGCUUGGUAGAGCGUUAUUAUAUUACAUUGAGUAUAGCAGAUUGGUUAGUGACCGAUAUUGCUCGUCAUGAGCAAUAUUGAGACGAGUGAGGCGGAAGCUGAGCUGCUGGCAAAGUUCCUCAAGCUUCCAAGAGUCGCAAGAUCGCCCCAGAGCGGAGGGCCUGCAUCUGCGCCCCCAAAGGUGGAUGAGCUUGUGUUUAGCUUUGAUGCAGGCGAAGAAGCGGCAACGCCCAAAAGAGCCCGGGAGGAUCGGAGUCCUGGUGUCUCAUCUGAAGCGGUGCCAAAAAAGAUUAAGAUCCAUAGAAGCCUUCAAGAGGCGGUAGAAGAGCUGGGCGAGUUGAUCGAUGGGCUGAUUAAGACAUUUACGCCCAGAGAAGUGCGACACGUCACACAAAUAAACAAGAAUACGUUCGCACGAAUCAAAACCGUGCAAAUUGAGAUGGCAGCUAGUCUAAAGAUGUCGGCUGUAGAGACAGUGGAGCAGGUGACCGCAAAGACACUGGAUGAAGUCUUCAAUAGCGUACGUAGCUCGUCGACGCAGACCUCGCCGAGUAAUGCGGUGACCACGGUUGAAGACAAGCGCAAAACUGUUUCGUCCACGAAGCCCAUAUCCAAGCAGCGUAUUUAUCCUACGGUUAAGAAUAAAGCAGAGAAGGAAAGCGUGCGUCAGGAUACUGAAGGGCGCAACACCACAAAUAAGCCACCGAGAAGACGCAGAAGGCCGGACGCCAUUAUUAUCCAACCCACGGAUGGUAUAUCCUAUAGUGAAGUGCUCAAAUUGGUGACGCGUAGCAACGAUAGCAAGCUACAGAGCGUCGGUGAGCAAGUAAGGCGGGUAAGAAAAACUGCCGGCGACGGACUGAUUUUGGAAAUGGGGAUGAACUCCAAGCCUUCUAUGCUAAAAAUGAAGGAUGAAUUAAGCGAAGCGCUCGGUUUGAAAGCCAAAGUGAGAGCUCUAACUCAGGAAACCAUCCUAGAGAUCAGAGAUAUAGACUGCCUGGUUUCUAAAGAAGACGUGCUGGUAGCCUGUGAAAAACUCAGCCAAGCGAAUCUGGAGCUAAGUGCCAUCAAAGCACUUAGGCCAGGUUUUGAUGGUAUGCAGCUGGCAAUUGUUAGUAUGCCGAAGGAGGCUGCAUCAUCUAUUCUACAGAAUGGAAAAAUCCGGAUAGGCUGGACAAGCUGUAGAGUGAGAGAGAGAGGUCUGAGAGGCCAGAAAAAAAGAGGUGCUACAAAUGCCUGGAGUUUGGACAUAUUGCUAAGUUUUGCAAGAGCACGAUCGACCGCUCUGGGUGCUGCCUAA